AUGAAGUUAAUACUUGUCGUCGUCUUUAUAGUAGCGAGGCAAUUGCUGAUAGUUGCAGUGAAUGAGAAUACGCUUGGAAAAAACAACAAGAGCCUGGAUGUUAGUGGUGGAGACAUCGCGCUGCAGUUGGGCGCCUUGGUGCUGCUACUGGCGCUCUCAGCUAUGUUCGCAGGUCUGGGGCUUGGUCUCAUGUCGUUGGAUCUCAUCGGAUUAGAAAUUGUCGUGGCUGUUGGUGAGGACGAGCAUGCGACGGUGAAGGAACGCAUGAACAGCGAUGCCGCCAAGAAAGUGAUGCCCUUGCGCCGGAAUGGCAGCCUGCUGCUCACGACACUGCUGCUGGGCAACGUCGCAGUGAAUGUGCUUACGUCCAUUAUCACGGCCGAUCUCACAAGCGGUUUGUUUGGGUUUAUUGCAUCAACGAUCCUCAUCUUACUAUUUGGCGAGAUUAUUCCGCAAGCGCUGUGUUCCAAAUACGCGUUAGUGAUUGGCGGCAAGGUUGUCCCGUUCGUUCGCGUCUUGAUAGUUCUAUUCUACAUUUUCGCUAAGCCCAUGAGUAUGGCGUUGGAUGCGACUCUUGGAGAAGACAUUGGUACGGUGUUUACGAAAAGGCAGCUGGCGGAAAUUAUCAAUUUACACGAGAUGCAGAAGAUGAUCGAUAAGGAUGAAGGCAGCAUCAUUCGUGGCGCCAUGACUUUUGGAAGCAGGACUGCGCGAAGUAUCAUGACUCCAGUUGACCAAGUCUUUAUGGCUCCUAUUUCUGCCGUGCUGGAUUGGAGGCUCAUUCAUAGCAUUCUUUUGAGUGGGUUCUCUCGUGUUCUUGUCUACGGUGGAUCUCUAAACGACGUCAUCGGAACCAUCCACGUCAAAGACCUUAUAUUUGUGGAUCCGCGGGAAAAAACUCUUUUGUCGAGCUUCUUCCAAAUUUUUGGUCGAGCUACCCGCGCUGUGGAUCCUGACUGUAGACUCAGUACAUUGUUGCAAACGUUUAAAUCUGAAAGUGCACACUUGGUCUUAGUCAAGCAGCCGCAAAUGACUGACGGGAGCGGCGAUAUGCACGCACUGCUGGGUAUUGUAACACUUGAGGAUGUACUGGAGGAAAUUUUGCAGUCCGAAAUUCUGGACGAAAAAGAUGUAUCCGACCGCCGGAGUAGCGAUUCGAAACGCACGCAGUUUCUGCUACGCCGGUUUCACGCGAAUGGGCAACUAGAUCUUCAAGAUUUAUGUCAGAACAAUGGCCUGUUUGGAGACUAG